AGUCCGUGCCGCGGGGGAAGCGCGGGCGGGAGCCCUUCGUUCGGGGAGGAGGCGGACUCGCGCGGGGAGAUGGGGAUCUCAUUCAGGCUGUCGAAGGUCGGCGUCCGGGUCCACCCGGCGGCGCGCGUGGCCGCACCGGCGGCGGUCGCGCCCGAGGCGGAGAAGGCCGGCGAGAAGGAGGGGUUCGGGCCGGAGGCGAAACGCGAGUAUGGUGUCGUGAGAGCUACUGAUGCCAAUGGCAUCACAAUUUCACCAACAUGCUCUAGGAUGAUUUUGCCAGAGCAUGAGGUUUCCUUCACUUUCAGUCUCUAUGAUAGAGGCUAUCUCAUUGCAAAGUCAGCAGCGAUGGAUCCUUGCCAGCCACCAAUACAGGAUGGAAAAACACUUCAUCCCUAUGAUAAGGCGUCUGAAAAGUUAUUCUCUGCAAUAGAAUCUGGGAGACUGCCUGGUGACAUACUUGAUGAGAUACCAAGCAAGUACUACAAUGGAUCAGUUAUCUGUGAGAUACGUGACUACCGAAAGCAUGCAUCCAAUCAAGCACCUACACCAUCUGCUGAGCUAGGACUACCUGUUGUGAAUAAAGUGAGGCUGCAAAUGACUUUUGAAAAUGUGGUAAAGGACAUUCCUCGGCUAUCCGAUGAUUCCUGGAGUUACAGAGAUUUUAUGGAAGCUGAGGCACGGAUUGUGAAAGUUCUACAGCCAGCACUUUGUUUAGAUCCUACUCCUAAGUUGGACCGACUUUGUCAGGACCCUGUUCCUCAUAAGCUGAACCUUGGUAUUGGAAAAAAGAGAAGGCUAAGGCAGAAUCCUGAAGUCGUUGUCACAUCCAAUAACAUGUCUCAUGGUAAAAAGGUGUGCAUUGAUAGGGUUUCUGAAAAUUCCAAAUCAGAUGAGAUGGGUAUUGCAGGUGGAAAUGCUGCCCAUCAAGUCCUUGAUAACAUUGCAAUUCAAAAUAUGUCAAGUGGCUCUCAGACAUUUAGACCAGCUAAUUUUUCACAGGAUGCUGCUAGAAUGGGAAUGCUGUCCCAAACCAGUAUCCAGCAAACUGUCAAUUAUCCUGCUAUUGGUAAUGAUCGUGGGGCUGGAACUCUUAAUAACUAUGCUGGAAUCAAUUCAAGCAUUUCAUCUCCACAGAACUUGAUGGCUUACAAUGAGAAUACCAAUGGCCUUCUGUCUGUGAAGAGGGAAAUGCCAGAUGCCCCACUGCAAGACCCUAAGAGAGGAAAAACAACAGUUGGUGUUGAUGAUAUGCAGCAGCAGCAGCAGCAAACAAGGCAUCAACCAGCUGGACUUGUUGGGCAGGACAUGCAAUGGAAGAAUCAACAGCUGCAUCAGCAAUUAGAUGUCAAGGGGAUGCAGUAUGCUUCUUUGAGUGGGCAGAGAUAUCCUCAAAUGAGUAGUAAUAUACAAGAACCAGCUUCCAUUUAUUUAAACCAGCAAAUUAUGAGACAUGGAACUAAGCAAGAGCAGAUGGAUGGCAUGGACAAGUCAAAAGACACCUUGCAUGCUAUGGCACCUGAAAAUUCUGUGCUGGAUCAACAACAACCUCAGAGCCACAAUUUGCCACAGCAAGCAGGCACACGAAACAACAUUCAACAGUGGCAGAAUCCUCGUUUUUCAGGUGAGAAGGACUUCAAGAAAGAAGAAAUGCUUCAGAGAAGAAAGUUGCCUGCUGCUUCUCGUGUACCUUCUGUACCAAUGGUUCAGUCUCCAGUCUCCUCAAAAUCUGGAGAGAUAUCAAGCAGUUCAAUCGGCGGCCAAUUUGGUCCUGCUGUGACAUCUGCUGUAAUGGGAUCACAGAAGGACAAGUUCAAUCAUGCAGUUGGCUAUCCCUCUGUUGCUUCUAGCCCUAGUGAUUCGAUGCACCGGGUACAGCAGCCUUCAGUUGCUCCUUCAAAGAGAAAAUCGAAUUCCGUUCCCAAAACUCAACCACCUGUGAGUGGUGUAGGUUCUCCAGCCAGUGUUUCAAACAUGCAUGCUGUACUUAAUGCUAGCAGCCCAUCUAUUGGGACCACACCUAUGGGUGACCAGGCAAUCCUUGAGAGAUUUAUCAAAAUUGAUGCCAUAUCCCAACGGCACAAGCUGAACAUCAAGAAGAACAAAGUUGACAAUAUACCUCAAAGAAAAACGAUUAUUAAUGCAAGUCAAGAGAAAGUUGCUACAGUUAUAUCCAAUUGCUUUCACAAUGAAGAUUUUAAAGAUGACAUAAAACCUCUCUGUAACUCUAUGUUGGGUGGAACAAUGAAUACCUUUAAGACUAGAGUACUAAAUUUCGCGGUCAACAACCGCAUGUUCCAAGGCCCUACAAAGCCAUUCCGUAUCAUUUUCAGGGAGAAGCCUGAUGGAACAGUGGGGAUCCAAUAUGGAGAUCCAGAAGAUUUUGACGGUCAGAACAUAUAUGAGUGUACAAUGAUAUUGCCCACCAAUUACCAUGCUGAUCUGCUUGCGAAGCAACUUAUUGCCCGGAUGGAAAAAGAAGGCUAUAACAAGAUAGAAGAUCAAGUCAAGCUUAUCAAUGCUCCUAGUAACCUAGGAAUUUCACCAGACAAUGUGGUAAAUGAUGUAAAACAAGAAGGUGGUAUUAGCCAGCAACUUAAUGCUGCAGCUCAUGCAAAUAUGACACCUGGAACCCCUUUACAACAACACCCUGCCAAUAGGAUGCUUCCGUCUGUGAAUAAUCAAGCGUUAGCAAUGCAGCAAGGAUACAUGCAGGGGGUGCCUCCAAGGAGUCAACAACUUGACCAGAAUUUGAUUCAGCAGCAGCAACAGCAGCCGCAACAGAUGCAGCAAAAUGCACAGGCACAACUGCAGCAACCAGCUUCUCUUCCUCUCAACCAGAUGCAGAGACCACAACUUCUACAAACAAACCCAUUAUCUCAGAUGCUAGGCACUGCUGGCUCAAAUCUUCCGAUGGCCUCAAGUCAUAUGGGUAACAAGGCUGCUCCUAGUUCUGUGCAACUUCAGAUGAUGCAAGCGCAGCAGCAACUGCCAGGCCAGAUGUCGAGGAAAAUGAUAAUGGGACUUGGUUCAACUGUUAACAUGGGUAGUAUGGUUAACAAUGUUGUUGGCCUCAACAAUAUUGGAAAUGUUAUGGGAGGCAAUGUGCGGCCAAUGACGUCCCCAAUGGGAAACAUGUCAGGCCUAGGGAACAACCCCAAUCAGAUGAGCCUUGGAAUGGCAUCCAAUCUAUCUGCACCUGGGAUUCGUCCAGGUAUGAACCAAGCUGCUAUUGCCAAGAUGCGUAUGGGGUUGAUGCAGCAGCAAAGGGCAGCAGGCAUUUAUCCCCAGACUGGAAUGGUUGGAAUGCCCGGGAGCAGUUCUCCUAUUCUUCCUGGUUCUGCCAAUUUGUCCAUGAUGAAUCAGCUAAACAGAAGCAACAUUAACCCUUUGCAGCAGCGGGCAAUGCUUAUGGGUCCGCCAAAGAUGCCAGGAGGUAAUUACGCGCUGACUCCACAACAGCAAAUACAACUCCAGCAGUUCCAACAGAACCCACUGCAGCAACAGCAACUGCAGCAAAUUCAGCAGCAGCAGCAACAACAACAAAUCCAGCAGCAGCAGCAGCAGCAGCAACAACAGCAGCAGCAAAUUCAGCAGCAGCAGCAACAACAACAACAAAUGGGCUCUCCAUUACAGCAGGCGGCACAGGUGGGCUCACCUGCUGGUUCGCAACAGUCAUUGGUGAUGUCACAGCAUCAGCAAAUAAGUCCACAGCAAAUGGCCGCGAUGAGUCCACAGCUGAGCUCAGGCACCAUGCAGCAAGUGAAUAACAAUGUUAUGAACCAUGUAGCCACACCAGGCCCUCCUCCUAGUCCGCAGCUCAGCUCACAGACCCAUGGGUCGGUCAACAGCAUCGCAAACUCCCCAAUGGAGCAGUUGCAAGGUGCCAAUAAAGGAGGUCCAGGUAGCAUGUAGUGACUGCAAAUAAUUGUUUGUGAUGGACAUACAAAAUUACACAAGGUACAAAUAUCGGCAAUGAUCAGCACUUUUCAUAUUUGUUGUGGUAAAUGAUGUUAAAUUAGGCGUCCUGUAAGUUAUAGCCAAUAGAUGCAGUUCUUAUGGAGGAACAAACUUUACGUGAAGAUUUGUAAUGCUGUAGAUUUUCAGUUAAUGAAAUUAGUUCCCUUAGGAGAAUUGUACUGAUGAAAAGUUUUGUUUUAUGGGGCUACUUCCCUUUCUUGUUUAAAUUAUUUGUCAUAUUUGUGGAAUAACUACGUAACCUAUGGUGCUUAUUAAUAAGUAUCUUCAUUUGAUAGU